AGUUUAAUUGACAUAGUUUGGAACAAAAUUAGGACGUAUUCUUUUGUUAAGUUAUAUUUUGAUACAGUUUGUAAUGUGGAAUUGUGUUGAUAUCGUGAGGGAUAUACAUAAAUAAGUUAAAGCCGCGAAAUGCGAGGUUUAUUUAACUAAAUAAUGUAAUAGUAGUCGGAUAUCACGUAGCUUUAUAAACAUAUCAAUAUCCCUUAAGUUACACAGUGAUAAUUAUACGUACAUUUGAAUACAUUAUCGAAUAGCUUUUAAAUCUGAAAUUCAAUUGUAUCUUUUCAAACAAAUCUCUUGCUUUUUUCCAACUAAGAUACUCGAAAAAUGGAUAUUUAUUCAAAAGGUAUACUUAUAAAUCCGUAUGCCUCACAAGAUCUCCUUUUACAAAAACGUUUGAAAAUCAAUUUGUCGAAAAUGAUUUAAAUAAAAGAAAUAUAUAAAGGAUUAUUGUGCUGUUUAUUUUUGAAAGGAUCUGAAAUGACGUUAUUCAUUGCAAAAAGUGUUUAUUAUUCUCAAACUAUAAAAAUUGACAAAUACAUACAAUUUGCAAAAAAAUAUUUUCAUUGUGUUUUAUUUGCUUCGUAAAAAGGAAAAGAAAACAUUUAAAAAAUGAGUGUGGAUUUUCAUUUACCACCAAUUGCGAUACCGCCGGUACAGCCCCCUGUGAUUUUAAGUGAUCCCUACAGAGGGAGCCAUGUACUUAGAUGGAACAAGUCACGUGGGCAGCCCGACAGUAGUCGUCUCCCACAACCUAUGACCCGGGAGUCUUCGUUUAAUUUGUCAUUAGAUGAUGACGACAUGACAUCAAGUUGUACACCGUAUAGAUUACCUAGACUGUCGCCGCGACCCGGGGAUCUCACGCCGAACUCCGAUACAGAUAAUUCGCAUGGGCAUGACGAGUCUAAAUCAAACGAUAAAGUAUGGAGCCGGUAUGGUUAUGAGAAAAUCAUAAGAAUACCGGAGUUAAGCCCACAGAUACGGAUGCUCGUCCCGCCACCAAAAUCCUUCAAAAGUACGAGCCCGUACUCGGCAACUGCCCCAAGAUUCAAGAAUGCUGCAAUAACCCCCACUGUCCGAGCGGUACCCUGGAACAUGGGGAGAGAGAUUGACGAUUCCCAUCUACAACUCUAUCAAAGCAAUCAUUCACGUGUUCAUGAUGACGAUUACUCGUCACGUCAUACCAGGUUAGAGCCAACACCUACACCGAUUUCCAGGAGUGAAUCACCCGCUAAGUCUGUGAAAAGUAUUCACUGGAUUUUGGGCCAUAACCGCUACCAUACAUUCGAUAAAAAAGGGCGGAGUCAUAUUCAGGGCCCGUAUUCAAGGGAGUUUAAUGUCACGUGCAUGGCACCACAAAAUUGGCUGAAAAUGAAAUGGGGACGCUCAAAGACUAUGAUUCAUUAGCUUACCUCCCUUUAAUGUUUAUUUUAUGAAAUUUCGACAAAUAUAAUCAAAUUGCAAAAAGUGUUUAAAAGAAUAUAUCGGUUCACGAAUGAAACGCCCUUUCUUUAAAACAAAGUUGAGCCGUGUCACGACAAAACCAACAUAAUGGGUUUGCGACCAGCAUGGAUCCAGACCAGCCUGCGCAUCCGCGCAGUCUGAUCAGGAUCCAUGCUGUUCGCUUACUAACCCUAUUACAAGUAAAGAAACUGAUAGCGAACAGCAUUGAUUCUGAUCAGACUGCGCGGAUGCGCAGGCUGGUCGGAAUCCAUGCUGAUCGCACAGCCAUUAUGCUGGUUUUGUCGUGACGCGGCUCAUUUGUUAAGUUUCAAAACUAUAUACUCGUAGAAUGUAGAUAAAUACAAAAAUAAUAUUGUUGAAGUAAAAAAAAUAAAAGAACAAAAUUAAAUUGUGUAGAAAUAUAAAAUAUACUUGUCCGUUUUCUGCGUUGUAAAAAAUAGAUUUUUUUUAAAUGUAUUUUAUAUAAGUAACUGAUGAAACAGUGUCAUAAUGUAUAACCCAGAAAAAAAUGAUUUUAAAAUUUUAAGUCCAAUUAUUUGGUGGCGGUGUUAAAAUGAAACAAGGUUUUGUAAGUUGAGUGUCAAACUGACACAUUGUUAUGGUAUUUAUGUAUGGUGAUAAAUACUUAUCAAUUUGUUGAAAUAAAACUAUGAAAACAGUUCUUA